AUAGGUGCCACUGUGCGUUUAACAUGCAAGGACAUGGAGACACACAACGAGACGUUUACAACUGAAGGCAAAACCGAUUAUAUUGGCAAAUACACAUUGACAGUUGAAGGUGACCAUGAAAAUGACAUUUGUGAGGUUACUUUGGUAAACAGUCCAAAAGAUGAUUGCAAAGAAAUUGUUCCAGAUAUGGUUAACAAUAGAGUUAUUUGCAGUAAAAAUGUUGGGAUGCACAACGCUGUUCGUUUUGUUAACCCAUUAUUCUUCCAAAAGGACAAACCUAUCAAUGGUUGCAGAGAACUUGUUGAGGAGAUGGAGCUUGUUGAUCUCUUGAUUCUUGAAAAUGACAAAGAAAAGAAUUAAGUGAGAAUAUAUAUAGAGCUUUUGCAUCUUUCAUCAUUUAUUUAUUUCGCGAUUUUUUUUAAGAAGAAGAAGAAUAAAUCUGUUAUAAUUUCUCCUCGAUGUGUAACUCAACAUGGAAAAC